CAAUUCAGACACAGUCGCAAGGAACAAAAAAGCGGCUGAGAUAUUUGGGUGGGGUGGAGACGCCCUUGCAGCCGGUUCCCCUCACUUGCAGCAGCUGCGGCGAACUGCCCAGUACCGAGAGCGGGACCGCUCCUCCUGAAACCGACAGCGGGCGGGAUGAGGCGCGAAGGCAGCGCCGCGGAGCUGGACGAGGACGACGAGAUCGACAUCGACAGCGUCAAGUACGCGCUGCAAGCUGAACAGAAUGAGGUGCAGAAGCGGACGUUCACAAACUGGGUGAAUGCCCAGCUGUCCAAGCACAAGUCGCCAUCGGUGGUCCAGGACCUGUACCAGGACCUUCGGGAUGGACUGCAGCUCCUGGACCUGCUGGAGGUCCUCUCUGGGCAGCAGCUGGAACGUGAAAGAAAAAACACACAUCUCAUCCACUGGAGGGCAAACGUGCAAUCUGCCUUGAAGUUCUUGAUGGCAAAUUCGAUCAAGCUGGUGAACAUCAAUGUUCCAGACAUCGUAGAGGGAAAGUCCAACAUCAUCCUGGGCCUCGUGUGGAGCAUCAUUUCACAUUUCCAGGUGGAGAAGCUGGCGAUGGGGUUAGAGCUGGACUCUGCGGAAGGGGUCCCGUCAGCUCCAGUGACUGCCUCACCCACAGGAACCCCCCCUGUGAAGAGAGGACGGUUCCAUUCAAAGUGGAAGUGGUCGGCAAAGAAAGCCCUACUGCAGUGGGUCCAGGAAAAGACCAGGGACCAGCCCGUUACCAUCCAGGACCUGAGCGGCAGCUGGAGAGACGGCCUGGCCUUCGCCGCGGUCAUCAACGCCCUGUGUCCCGGCCUGCUCAGCAUAGCCAAGCUCCGGCACCAGUCCGACUCGGAGAAGCUGGAGACAGUCUUCCGCACUGCAGAAAACCAGCUGGGGAUUCCCAGACUGCUGGAUGCCCAGGACUUUGCUCUUCAGAAACCCGACGAGAAAUCGAUCAUAACGUACCUGUCACAGUUUCUGGAAUAUUCUAAGGCACUCCCUGUAGACGAGCUGGACACGAAGGAGCCCCUGUCAGCACAGGACACCGAGAACUCCACGUUGCAGACUGAUGUCAGGCGGGAUUUCGAGGAGUCGAGGAAGCAGGUGGAAGCCUGUAUCCAGGGGGCGGUGCAGUUCCUUCAGGAUGAGGGCACCCCCCAAGAGCUCAUUGCUAAGCACCAGGAGACGAUCCGGGCCUUUGACUCGGGGACUCUGUGCCGGUUCCUUGCUGCCACUGACGUGCUCCAGGCCACCGCCUCCCCCCAGAAGCGCCAAGCGGUCUCCGAGCUGCGGGAAGAACUCCGUCGGAAAUGGGCAAUGGUGCAGCCGGCUGUCGCCGCGCACUUGCAGCGACUGGACUCUGCGGUGGGGCACAUGGCGACUGGCCGGGCUCAUCGGCAGUCCGAGACGGGGACGGAGGCAGAGCCCGGAAACCCGAGUGUUUGCCGGAGGUCUGAUCCGGCACAGCAGACCCCUGCUGGCGAAGGUGCUGGUUCGAUGGAGGGUGAACCACGUUUGGUGACAGGGCAGCAGGCCGAGAGUGCGUCUGCCUACAGGGUCAGCGUCACUGGCUGUGAACGCAGCCCAGGGAGGCUGGAGGAGGCAACAGGGGCUGGGACACCUAUGACAGGGGAGGUCCGGAGGGAGGGCGAACUGCUCCAGGCGAGGCCACGGGAGGAACUUGGUCAGCUGGCUGGGAUGGAGUGGUGCGGAGAUCCAGCCAGGACGGUGACUGGCGCUGGCAAGGAGGACCAGAAACCCGCUGAGCUCAGAGCCACCAAGUGCAGCGGGGGCUCCGAGGCCGUCCUCCCACCCGGGAUGGCGUGGGGUGACCUGGCUGAAGGUGUUCCGGGUGCUGGGCUGGAGAGCAGACAUCCCACCCGGGUGGUGGAGGGGAGUCCAGCAGCUUCCAAAGCCCCCGUAGUCGAGGGUGACUGCUCUGCCCCUCCUUGCUAUCUGUCCUGCUCACUCAAUGAGGACGGACAGAACAUGCUUCAGGAAGCCAGUGAGCUGGAGGGGGGCAAGGAAGCUGACAACCUCCGUCAGAGGCUGGGAGUCCUCAGAAGGUGGGAGCUGGACACUGCCGGGGUUGCCCCAUGUUCCGUUCAGCCAGCAGGAAUACAGGGUGGGGUCGUCACGGUAGAUGCAGGACAGACCGGGGCCCUGGUGGGGCCCGGCACAGUGGGGCCGGUUGAGAAAGGUCCCCCUGCCAACCUGGAGAGCCUGGCUGGGCCCCUCUCUGUGAACAAGGGUGGCUACCAGAGCUGGUCUGAGAGCCCAGAGCCUUGGGGAGCAGGAGACUCGGGGACAGGAGGUGGGAACUGGCCCUUGGGUCUGGGAAAGGAAGAGGGGAGUGUUCCACCCACCGCUGGGGGCUUUAGGGUUCAGGGACAGGGGCUCCCAGGUGGAAACCCAGGCCCAUGUCCCACCCAGGCUGCAGGGAGUGGCCUGCCCUCCUCAGGAUCACUGGCUUGGGGAUACCACUCCCACGAACAGAGCACACAGAGGGCCAAAGGACCUCAGCCCACAACAGUACCGGAGGACAAGCACGAACAGGACUGUGGCACAGUGACUUGGAGCGCCAGGGUUGAGGGCGUCAGUCCCCGUGCAGAGGCACAGAGUGGCUGCUCCCCACCAGGGAAAGGCCCUGUGGUUUGGGACAGGAAGGUGAGGGUGCCCUCAGGGGAGUUGCCAGCGGCCCCUCGGGAUAUUACAGCUCCCAGAGAUGAUGGGGUGAGGGCCAAGGGACUCGGUGCUGUCCCGUGUGGGGUCUCGAGUCAGCUCUCAGCAGGAGGGCUCCCGGAAGUAGGCAGCUCCGAGUUGGACUUUGAUGUAGGACAACCUCCGCAGGAGAACGGACGGGAAUCAUUACCAGGAGAAAGGCAGCCCGUUCUUAAUUAUUCCCAUCCACUGGGGGGACCUUCAGACUGCAGGCGUGCGGCGUAUGCCCCAGCCGGAGAGGGUUGUGGAAGAUCACCUGAAAUGAUGGAAGAGGAGUCGUUUGGAAUUCCGGUUUUGUCCUUGACUGAUCGCCGUGGGAUAGAACUUCAGGGCCUUGAGGAACAAGAGGGGGAAGGUCGAAGCAGCCGUGACGUAGUGACAAGGUAUGAAACAGCGGAAGAUUUGGAGCAGAUGUUGAAGAGGCUGGGGACUUGGGGUGGGUUGGACCCCCAUUGCCAGCCAACCUUGUUGGACCUGAGGGAGAAGCUUCAGGAGGUGCAGGCUGCCCAGUCUGAAGUGACAUCCUGCCUCUCCGAGUCUGAUGCAGAGCUGAUGGAAGAGCGUGGAAUGGACCCAUACAUGCUGCCCUCAGCCACUAGGAGUGGGAGAGAGGACCUGGUGCAGUUACAGCAAGCCCUCCAGCGCAGAGAACGGUCCCUGAGCUCGGUGCUCGGCACCCUGGAAGGAGUAGAGGAAGAAAUUCUCCCAUUGCAAGAUUCACUGCUCCAAUUCCAGAAUCAGCCAGUGGUGCUGAGUGGACAUAACCUGAAGCUCGAACCCCAUCUGGAGCUGCUGAAGCAACUUCAGACGGCAGUUGAGACCCUGAUGGAAGGCUGUGAAGCUGUGUGUGGUGAGCGUCCAGACAGCCUGGAGCCUGUCGAUUACCGUGCGGUUCGCUCCAUUGCCCAAGCCUACGCCCAGCGAUGUCAGGAGAUGGGGGCCCAGACGCAGGCUGCUGCCGCGGCACUCCGAGACCUGGACCGUUUCCUGCGGUCACUGUGGGCCACAGAGCCUCGGGAUGGGGCUGGACGGGGGCAGCAGGCAGAGACACCCGGCCUGCGGUUGGAGGAGGAGGCCGAGCGUCUGCGGGUUAGGGCCCGACAGCUGGAUGAGACACUGGAGGCAGCGGGCCUCCGCCUCGGCGACAGGAGUCCGGGCGGCAGGGUUCGUUGCCAGGACCUGGUGGCGGUGCUGGACCGGGAGAGAGAUGCCACUGGACGGGAGGAGCAUCUGCCUCAGGAGAAGGUGCGCGUGGGGCAAGAGCGACUCACCCAACACCUGCAAGAAAUUGAGCAAUGUGCACAAGCCACGUUGUUACCUGAAGCCACAGUUCCGGCCAUACAGGGGAGGCUGGAUGCUCUGAAGGAGUUGGAGUGCGAGCUGCAGCAGGCAGAACAGGAACUGGCCCAACUAAGGGAAAUGGCUCAGCAGCUGGUCACCUCCAACCCGAGCCUCGCUGGAGAGACACAACAGAUGGUCCAGACUGCCACAGAGGCAUGGACCGUCACUGCAGGCAAUCUCCAGGACUGGCAGGACCAGUGCUCUAUAUUGGUGGACUUCCUGAGGGAGUUCCAAACUCACAAGAAGGACCUGCUCUCCACCAUAGAGAAGGGCAAGAAUCUGACUGCACGACACUCGUCUUACAUGACGAAAGAAAAGCUCCAGCAGCUAGUGAGAGAUGUUGAUGAGGCCAGGCAGGAUCUCAGUGAUAAGCAGGAGAUACUGGACAAACUGAAGAACGUCUGCUGGCGUCUGCAGUCCAACCUGCGCAGGAUCACGGAAUCGGAGUCCCUGCCUUUCCAGCGGGAAGCAGAAAACCUGGUGGAUCAGUGGCUGGACGUGACGGAGAGGUUGGAGAAUUAUGGCUGCAGCUUGCAGCAGGCUCUGAGCCUGUGGGACAAUCUCACUGAGUGUGGCAGGAGGAUGGGAGAGCGAGUGCUGCGGAGGGAGGAUCCGCUGGGGGAGAGUGUGAGCCACCGGGGGCCAGUGCCGCUGGAUGGGGGGAGUGCGGACCAGGCUCGGGCACGGGAACAGGAGGUCCACUCCUUCCGUGAGAAGGUAUUGAGGAUCCAGAAGCUGCUGGAGUGGGAGGAGGUGCCGCUUGAGUUACAGGUGCUGGAAUCGGCAUUGUGCAAGGAGCUGGAGCAGAUGAGCGGAGGCCAGCGGGAUCCCGGAGGUCACCCGACUCAGACUGAGGCAAGGGUUGAGACCACCCCAGCGUCCAUCCCAACCAAUGCUCUGGAGAAACAGGUUGGGCAGUUCAGCCUGGAUGACAGGGAAGGAGGUGAGCAGUGUUCAGCAGAAGCCUGGGUCGAGCAGGAGGAGGCGAUGUGGAGCGAUGAUGAUGUGACACCAACAGCGGAGGAGCUGCCCCAGAUCCUCCCCAUGGAAGAGGGGUCGAGCGGUGACUGUGAGCUUCCUCAGCGGGGUGAGCAGGGAGCGGGGCCGGCUGACGAUCCUGUCCCGAUGGCAGGGGCACGGGCCCAGCCGCUCCAGGAUGAAGGUUGUUGGAAUGAGAUACCUGACACAGGCGACCUGGUGGACAGGCUGAGGGCCGAGCAGGGGAGCACAGAGAGCUCGGCGCAGAGGAUCGGGGAGAGCCACACCUGCAUGGCGGAGGAGGCACGGGAGGGCAAGGGAGUCCCGUGGGAAACCAUCGGGGUCAGUGACUGGCUGCAGCACUCGACGUUUCUGCCUGACGCCGGAGGUUCGGAGAGUGACGGAGAACCUGAGGAUGGAGAGGAGGGAGUCCAAGGGGCGCUGAGCCCCCAGCGAGAGGUAGCGGCUGAGAGCCGUGUGGAAUGGUACAUCCCCAUUUCCACAGAGAUCCCCGCACCCUUGCAGCAGACUGCCAGAGCUUCAGACAACAUGGACGAGGAGGUGGGGGUCCAGGGGGGCCGCGCGGAGGAGCUGAGGACCAGGAUCGUGGAGUGCACGGGCCGACUGCAGGAGCUGGAGGAGACCCUGUGGCAGCAGAGCAGGACUGUGGGUGAGGCCAAGGCCCAGUUGAAGUUUAUCUGGAGUGAGGUCGAUGCCUGGCACUCGGUCCUCUCUCAGCUGGAUGGUGACGUACAGGAGUUGGCGGAGGAGGAUCCAGCGCCGGCCCAGCAGCUGAUGGACUCUCUGCUGGACUCCUUCCAGCUGUACCAGCAGGUGUCCCAGCUAGCAGAGCAGAGAUCAGCGUUGGUCAACAAGAUUCCGGAGUGUCUCCAGGAGUUCCAGCAGGUGAUGGAUUCAGCCACGUCCUGGAUUCAAAGCACAGAGGACCUGCUUUCCCAGAAUAUUGACUGCACGUCAGCCAAGUCUCUGAACAAACAGCUCUUCACAGUACAGAAACUGGCAGAGAACAACAGACAGAAGGAAACAAGCCUGCGGGACCUCAACUCCAGGCUGAGAGAGCUGUCCAUGACUAUUCACACCGACGACAUGAUGGCUGCUGUCAAAAAGCUGCAGGACAGUGGCGUCUCCUUACAGCAAGGCCUGGCCCAGAGGGCGUCGGAGAUCCAGACUGUUACCACGGAGAUCGAGGCCCUUGAAUCUGAGGUGAAAAACCUUGAAAGUAAUGUCUCCGCGGUUAAGGACAUCCUCCAAUCCACAGACCUCUGUCACUUACCCAUUCAGGAGCAUCUGACCAACCGACAGGUAAUCUUGGCGAGCCUGGAGGAGGUGAGGAGGAUGGCCGGCCCGCUGGCGGAGUACAGGAAUACCCUGGUGUUACCGGAGGGUUACUCAGGCAACAUCCAGGCCUUCACCAGAGUGGCCCGCGUUUCUGCAGAGAUCAACCCGCUGCAGGAGCUGACCAUGCGGCAGAGCUCCCUGCUGGAGUCACUACUGGAGAAGUUACAGGAUUGUGACGCGGAGGUUGAGAGACUGCAGAAGGAUGGGGGCUCGGAGUCCCAGGGGGAGAUGUUGGCAGAGCUGGGUGAGCGCCGACAGUCGCUGGUGAUCAGUACCCAAGAAGCACUCCUCAAGGUCACCCAGAACCUCACAGAGGGGCAGGGGCCACCCUCACCCAAGGCCGAGCCAUCCAGAGGACCUGAGGCGAAUAAUGUGCCUGGAAAGUUAUCCUCCCUGCUGGAGGAAGACGAGGGGGAAAGUGAGGAGACAAUGGAGGGAACCCAGUCGUCAGCACCACCUCCAGAUGUUGACCGAGGGGCUCUGCAGGGCCUCGAUGAGUGCCAGCAGCAGGUACUGGAACUGGAGCGUCGCUUGGAAUCGACCCGGGAACUGCCAGGAUCCGGGGCUUGGACCCUGACAAUGCAGGGUAGCGUGGAGGAGCAUCUCCAAAAGAUACAGAAUACACUGGUGGAGAUCGAGGAGAAGGUGGAGCAGCUGACAGAGAAGAGCCUGGAGCAGGGUGCUGGGUCACAGCUGGCAUCACUGUCGGAACGGCUGGCCUCUCUGCGGGGCAGUCUGCUGGCAAUGCAGGCUCGGCUGGCCCAGGGGCAGAUUUCCUCACAGGAGUGGGAGGCUGAGCUGACAGGAGAGGCGUGUCCCACAGAGGCGAUCACCCAGCAGAACAAGACUACGGGGCAGAGUCCUCUUGGAGAGGAGCCCAGCUCACCUAUUCACAUCGUGAGAGACAAUGGUGACCCUGUCUCCCUUGGGAUCGCAACCUCUGUGGACCUGGACAAAGUGUCCCCACCAUUGGCUGUAAUGUGGCAACAUCUCCAGUGUCAGAACCAGGACAUGGCAAAGCUUCUGAAAGAUUCUCUCCAACAAAGUCAAGGGUCACAGGCGGAGUUCAUGGCUGAAGGGUUGCACCGUGUCCCAGGACUUGCACAGCCAGCUGUGGCGCUGCUGAGCAGCUUGAUGGCCGAGUUGGAGCAGCAAAGGCAGGAGGCAGAGGAACUCGCUGCCCAGACAGAGGGGGCCGUUCAGCAGGAUGCACGCUUAACGUUGAAGACGGCCGUGCAGAGAAUCGCCCACCGCGUCAGCGACUGGUUAGAUGGGGCACAGGCGGAGCUGUACGCCGGCAGCCUGGUGCCUCUUGAGGAAGCGGAACAGCAAUUACAGCAUCACCAGGUACUGCUGGAGUCUCUGGAGACAGCUCACCAGGAGAUGGCGGAGGAAGUCGAGGCGCUGGGGCAGUCGGACCUCUUUAGCUGCCCCGAGGCUCGGGGCUCCCUGACGGACCUACACAACCGGCUUGGGCUGUUCAUCCGCAGCUGCUGCCAACUUACCCACUCGCUGCGUGCCGAUGUGGACCAGGCCUCCGAGUGCCAGACAAAGCUGAAACAGCUACAGGCUGCAUUGUCAGAGAGGAGAGCGAUUGUGCAGCAUCAACUGUUGGAGUCUACAGGCUGCAGUCUGGAUGAACAGCUGCAGUGGGUGGAGGGGCUGGCAGCUGAGCUGCUCCGGUUAGAGGGGAGUCUGCUGGAGCUGACAGGCACGAUGGGUCGGUGGAGCGCAGGUCCCCGCUGGGAGCAGGAGGUCAACGUGCUGGAGGAGGCGCUGGAGGACAGCUGGACGUGGGUGGGAGAGCAGAGGAAGGAGAUUCAGCACUGCCUGCUGCUGGGACGUCAGCACGAGGGGCUCCUGCGAGGUCUUGUCUCCCUACUCGAGAGCGGGCAGGUGACUGCUGCCCUCGAGGAACCUCUUCCAUUCCGGAGCAUCAGUGAACUACAGACCCACCUGCAGAGAUACAAGCUCUUUUUCCAGAGGCUGGAGGGCCACGUGAGUGUGGCCGAGCAGUUUUCCAAGGCGGUUCCGGAGCGGGUGGUUGCCUUGCACAGGGAGAGGUGGUCAGAGCUGAUGAACAGGCACGUGGAGAUGCAGUCAAAGGCCCUCAGGUGGGGGGUGCACAUGGAGACCACACUCCAGGUUUGGACUGAGCUGGAGGCUGAGCGGGAGGCUCUGACGAAGGAGGUAGAAACAUUGAACUCCCGGCUACCGUCCGUUGGGCUGGUGGAGGAGACGAAGGAGCACGUGGCUGAAGUCAUUGGCACCCUUCAGCAUAUCCGGGGGAGUCUCAUGGACAGCUGGCCGAGGAUGGAGGAGGUGCUGAGGAGUGGGAGGGCCCUGCUGGAGGUGGUGGAGAGCCCUGAGCUAGAGGCCCAUUUCCGUGCCCUGGAGGAUGCUUGGUUAUCCCUGAGGAAUCGGCUCCACCAGGAGUUACACCGGUUGGAGACGUUACUGGAGCAGUGGAACUGGUUUCAGAGAGAAUCCGGUGGCCUUGGGGAGUGGCUGGAUCAGGCUGGGAACCAGGUGAUAUACUGGAAGCAGGAGUUGCUGAGUGUCCCCUCGGACGCGGAGAGCAGAAGGAAUCAGCUCAAACUCUUCCUGGGCUUCAGAAAGGAGGUGGAGGAGCGGACCCCCUCCGGGGCAGUGGUGGCCAGCAGUGGGCGUCGGCUGCUGGGGCUACAGAGAACCCCAAGUGCGGCUCUGCAGGAACAGCUAGAUCAGCUGGAGAGGCGGUGGGCACAACUGGCCGGGGAGCUGCCCCCCAUCCAGGAAUGGCUGCUGCAGCUACAGGUGGAGGGGAUGCCGUCCAGGUUGCUCCUGGCCGAGCUGCUGGAGUGGGUCGGCGGUGUGGACACACGGCUUCGUGCAGCUGCAGAGGUACCAGCGCUGGGCAGCAGUGCAGCCGUGUCGCAGGAACUGCGUGACUGCCAGCGCCAGAAGUUGGAAGUAAGCUGCUGGCAGCCGGCGGUCGACUCUGUGAACCACUCUCUGCUCCAGGUGAGAGACGGGGACGUGGAGGGCAGUCGGUACAGCAAGAUGGAGCUGGCUGAACAACUCGGCACUCUGAACCUCCACUGGGAGGCGCUGUGCCACAACCUGAACAGCAGGGUGCAGAAACUGGACCUGGCACUGGAGACCUGGACUGAUCUCGAGCGCAAGGUGCAGUUGUUGGCGAGCUGGCUGGGGACUCAGGCAAAACACCUGGAGAACAUUCGGGAGGCCAGCAGUUACACCUCCAUCUUGGACUCGCUGACAGACUGCCAGAAAUUGUGUGAGCAGCUGAAGGUGAAGGAGAAGGAGUUCGAGCAACUGAGGGAGACAGUGGUUCAGGAGACGAGACAGGCACCUCCGGAGACGCAGGGGGAGAGUGCGGCAACACUGGACCGACUGCAGGCCGAGUUUCGGAGCCUGGCUGUUGAGGUGAGCCAAGUGGAAUCAGUCCUGGCCUCUCGAAGCCAGCUCUGGACAGCCUAUCAGGAUGCCUACAAGCAGGUGAACGUGAACAUUAUCUGGGUAAGAUACACCCUGGAGCACUGGACGUCACUCUGCCCUUCCCUGGAGACGGCCCGGAUUGUGGUGAACAAGCUGCAGUCUCUGCAGGACAUGAUGGAUGGUGGAGAGGGGAGCUGGAGAAAGUUCCUGGAGGUUUCACAACGCCUGCAGGAGGAAUGCUGCCCGAUGAUGAAGGCCCAGCUGGAGAACAGAGCACAGGACACUGAGAGGAGGUGGGCUGGCAUCAACCAGGACGUGUCGGAGCAGCUGAGGUUGGCCGGCACCCUCCUGUUGCUAUGGCAGCAGUUCAGCUCGGCACACGGCCGCGUUCUGGAAAAGGUCCGAGCGACAGAGAAGCAAUGUGGGUGGCUGCUGGCAGCGAUCUCAGCCAAGGAGAGCACCCUGGAGAGGCUGCAGGUUCGACUCCGGAGCACACAGGACUCUGCUAACAACCUAAAGACCCUGGAGCAGGGAAUUCUGCCUCUGCGUGAAGCCGCAGAUGAAUUGGCCGGACACCUAGACCCUUCAUCGCCUGCAGCUGUUCAGUCAGACGCUCAGCAUGUGUCCGGCCGGGUAUCCCGUCUGCUGGAGUUACUGUCAGUCAAGGCACAGGAAAUUCAGGGUUUACUGGAGCAACGGCAGGAAUUCCAAAGGGGCACAGAGCACCUGGAGAGGCUGCUGGACCGAUGGGAAGAGGCUGUGGGGACCGAUGGCGUGGGGCCCCAGGUGGUGGGACAGGCCUGGGCAGAGAUGGUCAAGGCUUCCGUGAUCCUGGGCUCUGUGAGGCACCUUGGCAUUGUGCUGGAGGGAGACCGUUGCCGGGUGCGGGAUCUGGAACGUCGCUGGAAACGGGCGUGGGAUACGGCCUGGACAGUGUGCAGCCGGUUGCAGGGAGCGGGGGAGCCCGACCACGAGUACUGGAGCCAUCUUUGGCGGGAGCUGGAGGAGAAGCUGGUGGUCGGCCUUCCCGGCAGACUUGAGUGGCUGGAAGCCCACCAGCUGAAACCCGAGCACGAUGCCACGGCUUGGGGAGAGGGGGAGGCCGGACCGCCUGGCAACCUCGAGCAUCUGGAAUCCCACGAGGGUCUGCAGAUGGAGGUGGGGCCGGUCGGACAGAUGGCGGAAGGGAUAGACAGCGAGAAGUCACAACCCUCGCCUGCAGAGGGUCCUCACAGUGGUCCCUCCGAGUGCCAAUGGUCGGAGCUUCGUGUGCGGACUGACUGCUGGCUCCGAUACCAUGAAUCCAGGGCUGGGCUGCAGCGGCUUCUGGCGGGGGUCAGACCCCGCCUACGUGCGAUGGACAGGUUGGGCCACUACACGCUGCCAGAGGCCUGGGCACUUCAAGAUGAGCUACAGCACGAGGAGCGGAUUCUAAAUCGCCACAAAGGCUGCUACUUACAGACGGUGGAGCUGGGCAGACAACUACCGUCAGCAGCCAACACCCAGACGCAGUCGGUGCUCCGGGAGCAGCUGGGUCAGCUGAAGGAAGGCUGGGAGUGGGCCAGUACACGGGUGAAGGAAAAUGCUGCACGGCUGGCCAAGAUCCAGGAGGAGUGUACCGGAUGUGACCGUGAGGUAGCCGUUCUGGGACCUGCGUUCCAAGAGAUAUGGAGAGAUCUGAAGAGGGCUUUGCCUCGAUCCAUUGAGGACCUUCAGAGGGAGCAGAGUAGGCUACAGGAGCUGGAACAGACUCUGGAGCCCUGGAACAGUCGCCUGGUUGAGCUGAGCAGCAAGAAGACCUUCCUUGGUGCACACCUUGUCCUGAGCUCAGCGAUCGGCUUCCAGGAGCAGGUGACGCAGCUGGAGAACCAGUGGGAACAGCUGCGCCUGGAGGGCUUCGCACGUGGACAGGGUAUUAUCCGGGGGCUGGAGCAAUGGGAUCUGUUCAAAACCAGAAGUGAGGAGCUGGGAGCUUGGCUGAAGACGAUGGUGGACAAAGUCACCCAGAGCACUGGAACAGGAAUCGAGGAGACGAUCGAGAAGCUGCAAAAGGACUGUGCGGCGGAGAUUGCACGAUGGCAGACCAGCAGACAGAUGGUGCAGAGGCUGGGAGAAGGGCUGAAGGAGGCAUGUGAUCCAGCCCGGGCUAGCGAGGUCGACAGCAAACUGCAGAGCAUCGCGGCUCGGUGGGGACACUUCAACCAGCUCAUCGACUCCAGGGUGAAGACGCUGAUGGAGAGGCAGAUAUCGGUGCAGAAUCUGGACGGAGAGAUGAGCUGCCUGCGAUCCUGGUUGGCCCACAUUGAGGCCGAACUCUCCAAGCCCCUCGUCUACACCGUCUGCGAUGACCAGGAGAUUGAGCGCAAGCUGGCAGAGCAACAGGAGCUGCAGAGGGACAUCGAUCACCACGCCGCGGGGGUGGAGUCGGUGCUCCGCCGGAGCAACGGGAUCCUGCUGUGCGCCGAAGCCGAGGCUGAUGCCGAGACCGAAUGCGACUCCCUAAGGCAGAGCAGCAGCAGCCUGGACCGGCGCUGGCGCAACAUCUGCGCCCUGUCACUGCAGCGGCGAAUGCGAAUCGAGGAGACGUGGCGAAUGUGGCAGAAGAUUCUGGACGAUUACUCCCACUUCGAGGAGUGGCUGCGAGGGGCGGAGGAGACAGCCGCUCACCCCAACACCUCCCUCAUCCCCUACAGCCUCGCCAAGGACGAGUUGAAGAAGUACGAGACGUUCCAGCGACAGGCUCACGAGCGGUUGACCCAGCUGGAGCUCAUUAACAAGCAGUUCCGCCGACUCUGCCGGGAGAACCGUGCUGACACGUCCCGCCGUCUGCGGCAGAUUGUCGCCCAGGGUAACCGGCGCUGGGACGCCCUGCAACGGCGCAUCACUGCCAUCCUCCGUCGCCUCAAGCACUUCAUCGGUCAGAGGGAGGAGUUUGAGAGCUCGCGGAAGGCCAUUGAGGUGUGGCUGACGGAGAUGGAUCUACAACUGACCAAUGUGGAACACUUUUCCCAAAGCGACAUCGUCGACAAAGUGCGGCAGCUCAAUGCUUUUCAGCAGGAGAUCACCCUGAACACCAACAAGAUCGACCAGCUGAUCGUGUCCGGGGAGCAGCUGAUACAGAAGAUGGAGCCGCUGGAUGCCGUGGACAUCGAGGAGGAGCUGGAGGAGCUGCAUGCCUAUUGCCAGGAGGUAUUCGGCCGUGUGGCACGCUUCCACCAGCGUCUUGUGGCCGUACAGCCGGUGUGUGAGGAUGUGGAUCCGUGUUUGCGGGAGGCAGAGGGGUUCGAGGGGGCCGGGGACAGGCUGGAGCCUGGGGAGGUGUCACUCUCAGUGCCAGACCCUCCGGACAGUGUCCCACAGCACCGGUCGGGCCGGGAGACGCCAGUUAGCGUGGACUCCAUCCCACUGGAGUGGGACCACACAGUAGAUGUGGGGGGCAGUUCCUCACAGGACGAGGACGAGUUCUUGAGCCCCCUGGCCAGUGGAGAUCUAGCCCAGGAGUCGACCGUCUGGCACCCAAACACCUCUGGGGACAGAGUCAGGACGAGUGGGCAGCGGGCGGAGACCGGACCUCCCUGUGACUCAACACAUCGUCAGGACUACGCUAAACUCCUUUCAGAAGGCAUCGGAAGCACGGAAGAUGUGCAGCGAGUGCCAGAUGACCUGAAGAAUAACUUUCCCCAGGACGCAGGAUCUGUGGAGAUGGAUGUUUCAGAUCAGCCCAUGGCAGGCGUCGUGCGCUGGAAUCUGCUCCACGCCCAAGCUCUCAGCAAGGAGCUCCUGGUCAAGCAGAACCUGCAGCAGUGGCAACAGUUCAACUCCGACCUGGAUCACGUCUCCGCCUGGCUCAGCCACGUUGCUCCGGUCCUGGAGGGGGUUCGGACGCCGGAGGCCCCCAGCACUCUUGCCGCCAUCCAGGAGAAGAUGCGGAGCCUUGGGGACAUUCAGAAGGAUCUGGGCAAGUACAAGGCACUGGUGGUCUCAGCCAACCUGAGCAGCCGGGAGCUGGUGCAGUCGGGCAGCGACGAGGCACGGGGGCUUCAGGACCGGCUGCACUCUGUCAAUGGCCACUGGAAUCGGCUGACGCAGGAGCUGCACAACUGCUGGGACAGCCUGCGUGGGGACCUGCUGCAGAGUCAGGAUGUGUGGUACACCACUCGCUCAGUACAGACGUGGCUGGCUAACUGUGCGGAAAGGCGGGAGAGGCUCCAGCCCACAGCUCCCACCCUGGGGAUGCAGACCCUGGCACAGCAGCGCAGGCAUUUGCUGGCACUGCAGGAGGAGAUGCUGGGCCGCCAGCCACAGAUACUGGGGCUGGAGGAGCUGGGCCGGCGGCUGCUGGACAAUCCACAAGGGCCCAGGCAGCGGGAGGCCCGCGAGAAGAUCUGUGCCAUUGCCAGCAAGGCCCGACUCCUGCUCCAGGGCGUGGCUGGAGAUCUGCAGGAGGUCGAUGAGAGGCUGGACGCCAGUUCUAUCAUGUCUGUUGAAGAGCUGGAUGUUACGGGGGUCCCACAGACUAGUACCCCAUUGCGACAUCUGUCGGGUUUGAGGGAAGCUCCAUCUGUCUCCACGCCGAGAUCAGCGCCAGUGACGGCGGAGCAGACUUCCCCAAGAGGACGGCCCUUCCUGGGCCGGGUGUUGAGGGCAGCCCUGCCCCUCCAGCUGUUGCUCCUCCUCCUCCUCCUCCUCGCCUCCCUCUUGCCCCUCCAGCAGCCUGAGUACAGCUGCUCUGUUGCCAAUAACUUCGCCCGUUCCCUCUACCCCAUGCUGCGGUACACACAUGGACCCCCGCCCACCUGACCCGACCUUCGGAACCCUACCCUCGGGAUCCCCACCCACUAGACCCUGACCACCUAAUCCCAUCACACUCUCUCCCCUAUUCCUCCCACUCUCUGCCCCCACCUGAUCAAUCUCCCUCCCCUCCCCCUCUGUCCCUCCCCCCUCCCUCCAUCCCCCUCUCUCCCUCCCCCUCUCUCCCUCCCCCCUCUCUCUCCCUCCCUCCGACCCUCUCUCUCUUUCUCUCUCCCCCUAUCUUCGCACAACCCCUCCCUCCUCGGCCACCACUUUCUCUCUUUCCCUGGCCUCUCUCUAAUCCUUGGCCACCCACAUCUCCCUCCCUGCCCCCCCC